GUCUAUAUGGACGAUUUUUUGGUUUUUGGAAAAACUAUUGCUGAUCCGUGGAAUAGAGUUUGUUCGUUGGAUAAACCAAUAAUUCUUUUUGUUGAAUUUUGCCAAAUUAUUGGUCCAAGACCUUUGUUUUCUUAUCCGGAAGAUGCUUGUCUUAACCAUUUACUCGAAGAACUUUCCCUUUGGUUAAUGAGUUCUGAUAAUUUUCAUGGAAAUUUUACUUCAGCUUAUAAUCAACAACUCGGUGUUUAUGUUUUAACUCAAUAUGCUACAAUGUUGGAUAUAACUGCUAGAGCUUUACAGAGGCCGUUUGCUCUAUCACUUGUAUUGCCACAACAAAAACCAACACCCGAACAAAUUUUAAUUUUUAGACAAAUUUCAAUGGAAAUCCUUUUACCUUUACUUUCAUGUAAUCGUUAUUAUAUUCAUUCAAUGCUUACUUUUGCUUCUAAAUUGGCUGAUAAUUGUGAAAAAACAAAUUUCCAAUCUUAUUAUUCUACAUCAGGAAAUGUCCAACAAAUUGUUGUUUUAUCUAGUAAAAUUAAGGAAAUUAUGUUACAGGUAAAUUUGUAUUUGUUUUGUGUUUUAAUCUUUGUUGGGAUUCUGGUUUUCAGAAUUCUUUCUGUUUUAUUUUUUGUUGGAUUUCUGCUUUGUUUUAAUUAUAUUCUGUUAUGUUUUUCUGAACUCCUAAUUUGUGUUUUGUUUUGUUGAUAUUCUGAUUUUUGUUUUUAUUGUUUUGUGGAAUUCUGAUUUGUUUUAAUUAUAUUCUGUUAUGUGUUUUGUUUUUGUUUUGAUGAAAUUCUCAUUUGUGUUUUUUGUUUUGUUGCAAGGUUUGAUUUGUUCCGUUGAUAUUCUGAUUUUCAGAAUUCUGAUUUUUGUUUUGUUUCUUCCUAAUUUGUGUUUUUAUUUUUUCAGAAUUCUGUUUUGUAUUUUUGUUCGUAUAC